AUGGACGGCCACGGUUACCCCCCGGGCGAAGGCCCCCCGAACGGCGAUGGAGAGUACGGCGAAGAGUGGGCUCGCGACCUAAGGGUAAAGUUCGAGUCACUUCUUCGUGACAAGCGUAUGACCGAACUUCGAACUACCUCUCGCCAAGGCACUCCUCAACCCAGAGAGAGCGCAAGCAGUGCCAACCUCCGUGGUCUCGCAUCACCCGGUCCCGGUCGACCUUCAACUUCACACAGCUCAACACCAAUGCCGCCGACACCACCUGCUUACUCUCGCCACCUUCCCAAGAUUCCCACACCACCCGCCGCCCACGACCGCGAUUCACAAAAAUUUCGCAACCUGAUGAUCAGUCUUUCUCUCACCCCGACAAAGUACGAAAACCCUGGUUUGUUGGACGAGGCUCUGCAGUGCAUACCCCUCGACCGGAUAUACGGCGAGGCGGAAGAGGAGUGCCAAGUGAUGCAGGCCGAGGCUGAGAGUAUGGGAGAUGGACGCAAAGCCACUUGGGGCUACCAAGAUUGCGUUAUCCGCGCACUACUGAGAUGGUUCAAGCGAUCAUUCUUCACCUGGGUCAACAACCCCCCGUGCCCUGUAUGCCUUUCGCCCACCAUCGCCCAAGGCAUGACGCCCCCGACGCCCGACGAGAGUGCAUGCGGUGCACUUCGAGUCGAGCUCUACAAAUGCUCAGCCGGAGACUGCGGCGCUUACGAAAGAUUCCCUAGGUACGGCGAUGUUUGGAGACUACUGCAUACCCGCAGAGGACGUGUUGGAGAGUGGGCGAACUGCUUCAGCAUGCUUUGCCGUGCCAUGGGAGGCAGAGUUCGUUGGAUCUGGAACGCAGAGGACCACGUCUGGACUGAGGUAUACUCCGAGCACCAGAAGCGAUGGGUCCACGUCGACGCCUGUGAGGAGGCAUGGGACAACCCGCGCCUUUACACCGAGGGCUGGGGUAAGAAGAUGUCCUACUGCAUCGCUUUCUCUAUCGAUGGCGCCACCGAUGUCACCCGCCGAUACGUACGCAAGAGCGAUUUCUGUGCAGAGCGCAACAGAUGUCCCGAAGAGGUCCUGCUCUACAUCCUGAACGAGAUUAGAGGCCUGCGUCGCGGCAACAUGAACAAGGAUGAAAAGUUCAGACUCGAGAAGGAGGAUAGCCGCGAGGACCGCGAGCUUCGGGGAUAUGUCAUCAAGUCUAUUGCCCAGGCUGUCACCGACCUCGUUCCUGGAAUGCCCAGCCCUUCGGCGAGCAGCGCACCCCCUCCCCGUCAAGCAGCUCCUCAACGACGCGACGACACCAAGUUGCCUGCUGAGCAGCCCGGUCGCCAGACUGGAUCCGCGGAGUACCUCGCGGCACAGGCCAACGCAAACGCAAGGCAUCACCAGUUCCCCCCGCACGACCCGAGCCGCCGCCGCGACCUGCCUUGA